AUGAUAAUUUUUUUUUUUUUAGACAUUGAAAUUUUCUCGAUGCAGUUGAUGAGGUUUAUGAAAUUUUGUGGGAAUAUUAAUGGAAAUCAAAAGAUGAUGUUACUACGAAUCGUCCGAUUAAAACCACUUAGAAUAGUACCAAAAAGGUAUUUCAAUAACAUUAGUGUUCCAUUUGAAGAUGAUUUAACAGCAUUUGAAGAUGAUAAUUUAGCUGAUUUUCAAUACUAUCAUGAAGCAAUUGAAAAACAACAACAACCUCAACCACCAGUACAACAACAACUGUUAUCUGAAGUAGCACAACAACAUAAUCCAGUUGUGUUUGUUUCAAAAUUGAAUAAUCCAUAUAUCAAUCUUGCCAUUGAAGAUUAUAUCUAUAAUGUCAUGCCAAAACCAGAAUCACCAAAAGACAAUACCUUCAAUCGAUUAAUGUUUUAUAUAAACACACCAUGUGUUGUUAUUGGUAAAAAUCAAAAUCCAUGGCAAGAAGUUAAUUUACCAGUUUUAAAUUCACUUGGAAUCCCAAUGUUAAGACGUAGAUCUGGAGGAGGUACAGUUGUUCAUGAUUUAGGAAAUGUAAAUUAUUCAUUUAUGACAACAAAGGGGAAUUUUGAUCGAUUUAAAUUUAUUGAAUAUAUAACUAAUGGAGUUAAUAAAUCCAAUCCAUUAUUUAAAAUUCAAGCUAAUGAACGUGGUGAUAUAGUAAGUGAAGAAAUUGAUGGGAUUAAUUACAAAAUUAGUGGGUCUGCUUAUAAAUUAUCAAAAGGGAAAUCAUAUCAUCAUGGUACAAUGUUAUUAAAUCUGAAAUUAGAUGUAUUAGGGAAAUUAUUACAUAGAGAUGAAUCUAAAUUAGGUGUUGUUGAUGCUAUGAAUUCUAUUUCUUCAGUUAAAUCUAAAGUUAUGAAUUUAGAAAUGGACUCUGAGAAGUUUAUUCAAGUUGUUAGUAAUGAAUUCAAGAAUAUUUAUGGAUCCAAUGAAGAACAAGAUAAAGAAGCAGUUGAAUUUAAUGAUAUGCUUGGAUUACUGGAUUUUAUGGGCAAUGUACCAGUUACUGUUUAUACAAUUGAUGAAAAUACAGAAUUACCUAGUGAAAUUAAACAAACUUCUGAAGAAUUGCAACAAUGGUCAUGGAAAUUUGGCCACACGCCAAAGUUUACCCAUUUAUUAACCAACGAAAAACACAAUUUUACAUUAUUAUUUGAAGUGGAACAAGGUUUACUAAAAGGGUUUAAAUUAGAUUUUAAAGGUUCCAAUGAUGCCAAAAGUAAAGAGAUUUCACAAUCAUUCCAAUAUCUUCAAUUACAUAUCAAGAAUCAUCCUUUGCAAUAUACAGGUAGUAAUGUUGCAGGGUAUGUCCUCGACGAUGAGAUCAGUGAUUGGAUAGGAGAGUCAAUAGAUGGAACUGUCUAG